AUGACCAAAGCCUUUGUUUCCGGGUGCGCAGGACCGUUUCUGACCCAAGACGAAAUCGCCUUUUUCAGGGACGCAGAUCCCUGGGGCCUCAUCUUGUUUGCGCGAAACAUAGAGUCGCCCGAGCAGGUGAAGCAACUGACGUCCUCGUUUCGGCAAGCCGUUGCGCGCGCAGAUGCUCCGGUUCUGGUUGAUCAGGAAGGAGGGCGCGUCCAGCGCCUGAAACCACCGCAUUGGCCCAAGUAUCCUGCGCCGAAACUCUUUGGCGACUUGUUCGACAAGAACCCUGAAAUUGGGUUGCGAGCAGCCUGGCUCGGUUCGCGCCUGAGUGCCGGGGAUCUGUUUGAAGUCGGUGUCACGAUAGACUGUCUGCCGUGUCUGGAUGUUCGUUUUCCCGACACUGUCGAUGCUAUUGGUGAUCGGUCCCUUUCCGCGAAUCCGGAAACCGUUGCGACACUUGGCCGGGCCAUGAUUGACGGGGCAAGAGCGGGAGGGGUGCUUCCUGUCAUAAAGCACAUCCCGGGGCACGGUCGCGCACGCGUCGACAGUCAUCUUGAGCUUCCCAGGGUGGAAGCAGGUCUUUUGGAGCUGAAAAGCGUGGAUUUCCGGCCCUUCAAGGCACUUUCUAGCGUGUCAUUGGGUAUGACUGCCCAUAUUGUGUACGAAGGGAUCGAUCCGGAAACGGCAGGAACACAGAGCAAGAAAGUAGUUCAGGAUAUUAUCCGGAAGGAAAUCGGAUUUGAUGGCUGCCUGAUGAGCGACGACAUAUCGAUGAAAGCACUCGGAGGUGACUUUGUCGAACGGUCCCGGAAAAUAGUCGAGGCAGGCUGUGAUAUUGUUCUGCAUUGCAACGGUGAUAUGGACGAAAUGUUAGCUGUUGCCGAAUCUGUGCCGCACCUUGCUGGUGAGGCUGAACGCAGGUGCGCGCAAGCGUUGAACGAGUUGAAGGCGCCGGCACCCGGCUUUGACGAAAAAACUGCCUGGGAUGAGCAGAUUGCAGAUGACGGCUCUUAUGACCUGUUGAGCACCGUCAAUUCUGUUGAACAGCGCGCCACAACGGAUCCGCAGCUUGUCGUCGAUGUUGAUGGAUUCGAAGGUCCGCUCGAUCUGUUGCUCGGCCUCGCACGCACGCAGAAAGUCGACCUGGCACGCAUCUCUAUCCUGGAACUGGUCGAACAGUAUCUAGAGUUUGUGGCUGAGGCCCGCAGGAUGCGCCUGGAGCUGGCGGCGGAUUACCUUGUGAUGGCUGCGUGGCUCGCCUUCCUGAAGUCCAAGCUGCUUCUGCCCGAACAGCGGGACGAGGACGAGCCGACAGGUGAAGAACUUGCCGCUGCGCUGGCAUUUCGGUUGCGUCGUCUCGAGGCAAUGCGGGAAGUCUCCGAAAAACUGAUGAACCGCUACCGUCAGGGCCGCGAGGUAUUCCAUCGUGGCGCUCCUGAAACGAUGUCCGUUCAGCACAAAAGCAUAUGGGAUGCGUCCGUCUACGACCUUCUGUCAGCUUAUGCGACACAGAGGCAAAGGCAGUCGGUCACGUCUGUGAGGGUGCUGAGAAGAACGGUUUGGUCGUUGCAGGAGGCACGAGAACUGCUGAUGAGGCUGGUUGGCCGGGUAAGCGAGUGGGCGCCUUUGAAUGCGUAUUUGCGCGAAUACCUCUAUGACAACAAGGAUUGGGCAACAAUUGUCGCCAGUACCUUUUCCGCCAGUCUGGAGAUGGUUCGCGAGGGUCAGGUGGAAAUCCGGAAGAGGAAGAGGGCGAUGACGUCUGACACCGACCGUCUCGACCUCGUCGAUCCAAAUCUGAGAAAAGCCGGCGGAUCAGCGGACGAUUUGACCGGCUUGCGGAUGAUCGAGGCACUGCUGUUUGCAUCGUCCGAGCCGCUGUCGCUAGAAGAAUUGACGCUCAGGGUUCCUGAAGGCACGGAUGUGCUGGGGUUGCUUGACCAGUUGCAGGCGCUUUAUGCACCGCGCGGCGUCAAUCUGGUCAAGGUCGCCGGCAAAUGGUGCUUUCGCACCGCCGAGGAUCUUGCCUAUCUGAUGCACCGAAAUGUCGAAGAGCAACGCAAGCUGUCCCGCGCGGCUCUGGAGACACUUGCCAUCAUCGCAUACCACCAGCCGGUGACACGGGCGGAAAUAGAGGAAAUACGCGGCGUCUCAACCUCCAAGGGCACGCUGGACGUGUUGCUGGAAACCACCUGGAUCCGGAUGCGCGGGCGCCGGCGCACACCUGGGCGACCUGUGACAUAUGGAACCACCGAGCAGUUCCUGGUCCAUGUUGGUCUCGAGAAUGUCCGGGAUCUUCCCGGCCUUGAAGAGUUGAAGGGCGCUGGCUUGCUGGACAGUGCCGUGCCGGCAUCCUUCAUCGUUCCCACACCGAACGAUGAAGUGACUUUGACGGAGGACGAAGAUCCAUUAGAAGACGGAGACCGCCGGAGCUUGAUGCCACAGAAAGAUACGUCGCUGCCGUCCAAUGGAAACGGACACCAGUUGAGCUGGGGCGCGCCGGGAACCGCCGGCGCGACCAUUGCAGCCGGUCUGGUGUUUGAGAACAUUUCGCACGACUAUGAUGGUGUCAUGUCUGUACGCGAUCUGAGUCUGUCGAUCGCACCGGGCGAAAUUCUGUGUCUCCUUGGACAUUCGGGCUGCGGCAAGACCACGUUGAUGCGCAUUGCUGCAGGUGUUGAAAGACAGAGCCACGGCAAGGUUCUCAUCAACGGACGUGAAGUUUCCGGAGACAGUUUCUUUCUUCCGCCUGAACGGCGAGGCGUGGGCCUCAUGUUCCAGGACUACGCUCUUUUCCCCCACAUGACCAUUCUUGCCAAUGUGAUGUUGGGCUUGACGGGGCUUCCGAACAAGGAGGCGCAGGCCGCUGCGCUUGCAGCGUUGGGGCGGGUUGGCUUGUCCGACUAUGCCGGCGAUUAUCCUCACUCCCUAUCGGGUGGUGAACAGCAGCGGGUUGCGCUGGCACGUGCCCUGGUCCCGCGACCGGGAAUUCUGCUUAUGGAUGAACCGUUCUCGGGUCUGGACAAGCGCUUGCGAGACAGCGUUCGGGACCAGACGCUGGCCGUCAUCCGGGAAACACGGGCAACAUGCAUCAUCGUGACCCACGAUCCGGAAGAAGCGAUGCGCAUGGGCGACCGGAUUGCCCUGAUGCGCCGGGGGCGACUGGUUCAACUCGGAACGGCUGCACAAUUGUAUAACGACCCGGUUGAUCUCUUUGCGGCUCGCUUUUUCUCGGAAUUGAACCAGAUAGAAGGGCAGGUCACCGUGACGGGUGUCGAAACUCCGCUCGGUGUUGUAAAAUCCGAAUGUGCGGAGACCAAUGGAAAGGUCGACGUCGAACUCUUGUCUGUCGUGAUCGAUGGACUCGACCAUCCGUUGCAGGCAAGGGUUCGUGCCGGUAGCUCAUGGGAAGCCGGAAUGAAUGUUUCGGUGGAGACGGAUCCGAAGGACGGGAUCAAAAGCUUCAAGAAAGGCAUGGCAGAAGACGACACUGCCGACGCCCCGAAGACCAUCGAUCAUCAGGCCGGCGAACCAGCACAGUCUGCGAAAGCUGAAGAUCAGACCAAGGCGAGCUGA